UUUGAUUUUUGUGUUUCUUCUAUCUGUCGUGUGAAAAGUAACUUUUGAGUGAAGCAGAGUUAAAAAAAAAAAAACGGUAGAAGAAUAGGAAGAAAAUAAUUUUUAUUUUUGGUGUUUGCCUAACUUUCGCCUCGCAGUUAAACUAAUGAACUGCAUAAAAAACAACUCCACUUAUUAUUGUUAAAUUAGUACAAAAGUCUUAAUCUGAAGAAGACACAAAAAACAAUAAAUCAGCAAAUGUAUAUAAUUUGCGAAAUCUUGUGAUAAAAGGAAACCAAGAAGAAAAUCUUUGGCCAGGGAAAGUUGGGAAAAAUACCCAAAGUGCUGUAGUGCGUUAAAGUUUUCUGUUCUUUUUUUUUAUUUAAAUAAAAAUGGCUCUAAAAAAGGUGAAAGGAAACUUCGAACGAAUGUUUGAUAAAAAUCUAACAGACCUCGUACGUGGAAUCCGGAAUAACAAAGAUAAUGAGGCCAAGUAUAUCGCACAGUGUAUUGAGGAGAUCAAACAGGAGCUACGCCAAGACAAUAUCAAUGUUAAGUGCAAUGCCGUCGCUAAGCUCACCUACAUUCAAAUGCUUGGAUAUGAUAUAUCAUGGGCAGGUUUUAACAUCAUUGAAGUAAUGAGUUCCUCUAGAUUUACUUGUAAGAGAAUUGGUUAUCUAGCGGCAAGUCAAAGUUUUCAUCCGGAUAGUGAGCUCCUUAUGCUCACAACUAACAUGAUUCGCAAGGAUUUGAAUUCGCAAAAUCAAUACGAUGCAGGUGUCGCUUUAAGUAGUUUAAGCUGUUUUAUUUCGCCAGACUUAUCAAGGGAUCUCGCCAAUGACAUUAUGACUUUGAUGAGUUCAACCAAACCUUAUUUAAGAAUGAAAGCCGUCCUUAUGAUGUAUAAAGUUUUUCUACGCUACCCAGAAGCUCUGCGGCCAGCAUUUCCAAAGCUUAAAGAGAAGCUAGAAGAUCCUGAUCCAGGUGUUCAGUCGGCCGCAGUAAAUGUUAUAUGUGAACUAGCUCGCAAGAAUCCGAAAAACUAUCUUCCACUUGCACCAAUAUUUUUUAAACUUAUGACAACAUCCACGAACAAUUGGAUGCUUAUAAAAAUUAUUAAGUUGUUUGGCGCUUUAACUCCUUUAGAACCCCGGCUAGGAAAGAAAUUAAUAGAACCUCUCACAAAUCUAAUCCAUAGUACGUCGGCGAUGAGUCUUCUUUAUGAAUGUAUAAAUACGGUAAUUGCUGUUUUAAUAAGCAUAAGCAGCGGUAUGCCAAAUCAUAGUGCCUCAAUUCAACUGUGUGUCCAGAAACUGCGUAUCCUAAUCGAAGAUUCUGAUCAAAAUUUAAAAUACUUAGGUCUCCUGGCGAUGUCGAAAAUCCUUAAGACACAUCCAAAGAGUGUUCAAUCACACAAGGAUUUGAUUUUGGCGUGUUUGGACGACAAAGAUGAAUCAAUUAGACUGCGAGCUUUGGAUCUGUUAUAUGGCAUGGUCUCAAAGAAGAAUCUCAUGGAAAUUGUUAAAAGGCUUCUUGGCCAUAUGGAACGGGCCGAGGGCUCAGUUUACCGAGAUGAACUGCUUUUUAAAGUGAUUGAAAUUUGUUCGCAAAGUUCGUAUCUUUAUGUUACGAACUUCGAAUGGUAUCUAACGGUUUUGGUUGAAUUGAUAACACUGGAAGCUGGUUCAAAACAUGGUGGUCUUAUUGCUGAACAACUUUUAGAUGUUGCCAUUCGGGUACCAGUUGUAAGACAGUUUGCAGUUAAUGAAAUGAGUAGUUUGUUAGAUACAUUUGCAAUUACAUCGCAAAGCGAUUCAAUGUAUGAGGUGCUGUAUGCUGCCGCAUUUAUUGUUGGUGAAUUUUCAAGUGAACUCAAUGAUGCAGAAAGUACACUAAAUAUUUUGCUGCGUCCACGACAAGUGCCAGGCCAUAUAAAGGGCGUGUUUGUGCAAAACGUAAUAAAAAUAUUCACGAGACUGGUUACAACAUGCUUGGAGAACCGAGACGUUGAUGGAAUUGUUAGACUUUGUGAUCAUGUUCUUACCAAACUUCAAGAAUUUUCCAGUUCAAAUGAUAUUGAGGUGCAAGAACGUGCAAACUCCGCUUGCGUUCUUAUCCAAAUGCUGCGUUCCCAAUUCGAAACCACACAUCCUUCCAGCAAAUCCAACACAAACCACAAUCACACUACCACCACCACCACUACUAAAGAAAUACUAAGUGGCCUUGAAACAGUCACUGAUGAUUGUGUGGUUGAUAAUAAUUUAGCGAAAAAGUCUGUAGUUCCUAACAUUCCAACAUUAGCUAUAGAAAUUGUUCAGGAGAUGGCAUUGCUAUUCGCUGGUGCAUUAAUUCCAGUGGCACCGAAAGCACAACGUAAAGUCCCAAUACCCGAUGGUCUAGAUUUAGACGAAUGGAUAAAUCCCCCAGUGGAAAAGGAAAGUAGUUCAUCGAGUGAUGAAGAGAAGGAGGAACUGUUUGCAGCAAUUACAAAGAAUCACGACGGAGAAACAAGUAAGAGGCGUAAAAGUGAUGAUUUAACCCCGGAACAGCUUGAAAAAUAUCGACAACAACGGCUUCUGGAACAGAGCAAUAAUCCCCAUUACUUAAAGUCCAAUGAUAACAAGAAGACUGGUGAUUUAAAUAGUCCGAAUAAUGAUGCAGAUGCUUAUGUUAAUAUCGAUGAAAUUCCAAUCACCGAACUAUCAUUAGAAGUUCCGUUGCAAGUGCUUUCUAUUAAACGUUCCGAUAAGUACUUAGAAGAAGAAAACAAACCGAUCAAAGAAAAGAAAAAACAUAAAAAGUCCAAAAAGAGCAAAAAAUCUAAAAAUAAAGUUGCCUACACUACUUCGGAAUCGGAAGAAGACACAAAACCUAUGCCGUUGGUCAACAAAACCUUAGACAUGCCAGAAGGUGUGGCUCUUUCUGACAGUGAAGAUAAAGACAAAUUCGAUCCCGAUGAUCCUCAUCGAGCUUUAGACAUUGAUCUAGAUAUUCCCGACCUCGAGAAGCCCCGUAAAUCCAAGAAACCCGCACUUGAAAACAACUCAACAGCUUCGAAUGAAAACUUGGAACCAUCUAAGAAAACAAAAUCAAAAAAAUCUUCAAAAGAAUCCUCCGCAAACACCGUCCCUCCAACGUCAACCAGCACCGGUGCGACCAAAAAAGAUAAGAAAAAAGAUAAAGAACACAAGGAACACAAAUCAAAAUCCAAAAGCAAAGAGAACAAAGAUGAUGAAAGUCCAAAUCUCAUUGGCACCCCAAUUAAAGUGAAGAAAGAAAAAUCAAAAACAUCUUCUAACAUGGACGAGUCAAGUGAAAAGAAAAAAGAUAAAAAAGAAAAGCAUCACCAUCGACGUCAUCAUAAAGAGAAGAAAGAAGAGCCGUUAUUGUUAGGCGAUUUUGAAGAACCUUCAACGCCUAACAAAGAGGCAUCCUAAAGAAACCAUAAGAUCCAGCAGUUUUGCGUUAACAACUGCUUAGCAAUUUAUUACAGAACCCCUCCAAUCUUCUUAGGUUUAACCAAAAGAGGUUAAAAGAGGAAAUGCGUCGUCGUGUUACAAAUCGAGCUAUGUAUCAUUUAAUGUAAUAGCAUCAUGUAUCGUAGGUAAAACUAUUUUUUUUAUAAUUGAAAUUUGAUUUUAUUUGUAUUCUGUUGUUCCCCAUUUAUCGAUGACUUUUGUUUCUGACUCUUUUGGCAUUCACUGAAAGUUUCGAAACCACAAACAAAUUCACAUUCCGAAAAAAGUCAGGAUCAAAAAUUCGUCGCUUAAUAGGGGACUUUUUCAUAAAAGCACACUAACAAAAAAAAUUAAAAUAAGAAACAAAAGAAAUUGUUAUAAUAAUUCAUAGAACAUCAUUUGGUUAGAAACAAAAAUAAAAAGAAACAUUGAACAAACAUUUUAAAUAUCUCAAAUAAAAUUAUAAAUAAAAAGCGAUGUAUUUUAUCAUUUGUUACUCAAUUAAUAAGAGAUUUUAAGCUUGUACGAAGAAAACUAAAAUUACAAUUACAAUUAAAAUAAAAUGCGAACUAGCUAAAACAAUAAAUAAACAA